GUUGGAGUGCGCAGAAACGUAUUUCGUUUAACGACUGCACCGCUGUUCGUGCUGGAGGUGAAACGCAAUUUACAACUUUGGAGCAAUCACAAAAAACUGUCAGCAGUGUGCCGGGGUAUGAUUUAGCUACAGCUAUGCACGACGCGUGCGCGUUUGUUAUAGAAGAAACGCGGCAAGUGCGAAGUACUUGUAGUUUUGUAUUGCUAGAGGUUGGCGAAGACAGCACUGUAAUUUGUGGGUAACAGAACAAAGCGAGCGCCACUCGCCACGAAAGAACUACCUACUUCAUUUCAACUGCGCCAGAGAUUGCCACAGCAGUGAGCAGAAAUUGUGCAUCCGGUAGUCAUACGCUAGUUCAAGAUAACUUAGAUUGUAUACCUCCUACACUUCCACGAAUGCUUACACGAGCAACAAUAUCUUACCAGCAUGAUGUGCACUUCACUUUGAUAGGACCACGAAAAAAAGUUGCAUUAAGACCCGAUAAACGUACAUUUUUUUGUUUUGUUUUUUUUUGUUGUAAGUGAGGGUGAGUUUGGGUAGAUCAUGCGGCGGAAAGAUAGCAAGGUUAACCGAGGCACCUCUGCUAGCGUUCAAAAAUUUGCACAGUUGUGCCAAGCUAGUGGCGGACUCAAACGUCUCGUUUUUGUUUUUUUUUUUUUUUUUUAGCCGUGCGGUAUCAUUUCAAUCGAAAUGCCGAAGUGACAAAACUUUUAUUAGUUUCCGUUCUUUCUUGGCAUUGAGUGCGCAUGUGUGGUGAUUCAACAUUGCGCAUUCGUGAAUACACGCCAGUUACACGGCAUCGAAUCAUCAAGCAUGGCUGAUGAAAGAAGCUACGAAUACAGGCCUCCUGAGUUUGGUAUGACGGACGAGGCAACAGCAAGCACAAGCUAUGGCGGUUCCACGGGCGCUUCAUCUACCUUGGGCGCCUACACAACUAUUCCUGAUGACGCGUGGAAGUACCAGUGGAACACACAGCCCACGCCGAUGACCGACGGGACUUACGUCGAAGGCGUCCCUGACAAUGGCAUCACAAGUUACCAGCAACUGGGGGGCGUCAGCAGCAUCGACCACGCAAGGCCCAGCACAAGCCGCGCUAGCAUGAAGGAAGCAUUAGCCAAUUUCGAAGGCGGCCUCACAAUUUCCGAGAGCACCAUGGUUGACCAAGGGAACACGCAGUACCAACCGGCUGAAAGCACGUCCACUGUCUUCGGGCAUACAGACAAAACAGAAACCGGAAGCACUGGUCUCACACUUCCAGUCUCCAGCAGCAGCAGCGGCGAUUACACAUUCGCCAUUAUGAGCCGGACUGGCACAGACGAAACAUCGAGCACUUCGAGAAACGACGCUAGGAAUGCUACUGAAGCCGGAGGAAUGGAACAGCAAGAGUCCUGCGGUGUCAGAGCACGUGAUCAAUCGUCUGUCGAAAAGUCAAACCUGAAAUGUGAAACAUGUGGUAAAUUUUUCAACAGGGCUCGCAAUCUAUCUUCACAUUACCGCACGCAUACCGGUGAGAAACCAUACAAAUGUGAAAUGUGUGAUAAAUCAUUCGCGCACAGCUCGACUUUCCGUAAUCAUGAACGGAUUCACACAGGUGUGAAACCCCAUAUCUGCCAAAUAUGUCCUGGCUAG